CGCUCUCUAACGCAUCUCAACAUUAUUCUUUGCGGUAUUUGUUUCCCCUUUUUCAUUCAUUAGUAUCAGGCUUUCAAAAGAAAAUAAUAAAGACUGCUUCAUUGAGCUCUCUUAUUUGGGCGCGAGUCGAACAAGAUGGCUGCUCCGGAUGCAACUACAAUCAGAGAUCUUUCUGGGACUUGGGUGAUGAACAAGACUCUCUCGGAUGAUCCUGAUCCUAUUCUGCAACUGCAAGGCAUUGGCUGGUUCCUCCGCACUGCAAUCGGACUCGCCACGAUAACUCUUCACGCCAAGCAGUAUGUGACAGAAGAUGGUGUUACACACAUUGACAUUGACCAGACAGCAACUGGCGGUAUCAAGGGUACAUCUGAGAACCGAGAACUCGACUGGCAAUUCCGGAAGCACUCGGACUACAUUUUUGGUGCGGUACAGGGAAGGUCACGCUUCAUUAAGCUGGAGGAUGUGGAAGAUGAAUUCCUUAAAUCUGGAUGGCUUGACGAGAUUAAGCAAGAUGUUGCUAUCCAGAAUUACGUCGAGAGCUUGGAUGCGGGUUGGAUAGCCAAUCAGAUCUGGGGAUUUGAAUUAAUUGAAGGAAGACGCCAUUAUGUUCGACAUGUAGUAGUUACGAAGGGCGACAAGCGGGAGCAGGCACGCUUGGUGUACGAUUAUGUCGAGGCUCAGGAUGAUACCCUUGAUAUUGCUUACUGAUUUGAAAGAUACGAGAAAUCGUCGGUUCUCGAUCUUCGGCAGUCUGUCUCAGAGUUCCAGAAUUCGCAUUCGCAUUAAGAGAAGCACCGUCAAUAGCGUCAUUUUGGAUAAAUGUCGAAAUAUAUUGGGAGUGCGAGAAACGAACCAUUAAUUUUGUCUUCUUA